AUGACCACAUUAAAAGAUUGCUGCUUCAAGGCUUUCCACCACGAGGGUGAUUUCAAAGGUGAGUACCAAGAAAUCGCUGGUCUUGAUUCAUAUGUUAUUGGUGAAUCAAGUGAUCACAUGAUUGUCAUAAUUACUGAUGUAUUUGGCUAUAAAUUGAACAAUAUUAGAUUAAUCGCUGAUGAUUUGAAUGAAUUGACAUCUUUUCAGGUUAUUAUUCCCGAUAUCUUGCAAAAUGACCCUGUUGACCCCGCUGGUCUUUUCAACAGAGAAGAAUGGUUUGGUAAACAUCAUCCUGGUAUUACUUCUCCUAUUGUUACAGAGUUUUUAACUAAGUUGAGAAAUGAAAAGAAUCCUAAGAAGGUGUUUGGUAUUGGUUAUUGCUUUGGUGCUAAAUUUGUAGUUGAACAUUUAGGAAAUGAUGGAUUAUUUGAUGUUGGUGCUGUUGCCCAUCCAUCUUUGCUUACAGUUGAAGAUAUUGAUACCAUCGCUAACCCAAUUUUGAUAUCUACAGGUGACAACGAUGCUGCUUUUGAACCAGAAUUGAGAACUAAAACCGUUGAGACGUUGUCAAAAAAGGACACCAGAUUCCAAGUUGACAUUUUCCAGGGAGCAACUCACGGUUAUGCAGUUAAAGGUGAUAUUUCAAAUUCUUUGAUUAAAUAUGCUAAAGAGAAAACUUUGCUUGAUCAAGCUCAUUGGUUCUCUCAAUUUUAA